GAAUUUUUUCCCACCCUUCAAGUGCAGGAGAUGAUGAAAAGCUCUGACACCCACGUUUCCAGAACCGAAAUUAUGGAGGGCAUCGGUGCGGUGCUGGUCUACGACAUUACGGAUACGUACAGUUUCGCCGGACUUGGCGAACACCUGAACGAAAUCAAGAGGGCGAUGUUCCCUGACGCUCAGAUUUCGGUAGCCGGCUCAAAGGCGGACCUGGACAUGUUGCGAAAGGUGUCAUUUCAAGAGGCGCAUACAUUCGCCGUCGAACACUAUCUGUCGCUGUUCGAAGUGAGCGCUAAGACGGGCAAAAACGUUCUCGAACUGUUUCAAGACUUGGUCGGCUCGAUUUUGAAGAAGCACACCUUCGAGGUGUAUUCUCCCGUCUCGCUGGAGGUGGUCAACGAGUCGAUGCAAGGCUCUGGUUCUUCCCUCAUGCCGUGCUGCUGGAUCUGA